UAUGCACCAAUCAGAAGCUAGGUGUAGGAAUGUGCUAGGUAGGCAGAAUUAGGCUAUAAAACUCGAGUGCCAACGUGUCUCGUCCUCUUUACUUGUUCAUUAAGCAGUGUGUAGUGUAGUGGUCUUACGUUAAUAAAGUGUUUCGGUAUAUUAAAAUUAGUUUUUAAAAACGCUAAACGGUAUCCAAGAUCCCUAACUGGUGUCAGAAGUGGGAUCCGCGAGUGAGGUGUUAAAAUAGUGAUUGCAUCAACCGCUCCAGAAAAAUCCAGCAACGGAAACAAAGGACGAACGAUUGCUGUCCGCCGCACAACGCAUCUUUAAUUGGUCAUUAAUAAACUGUUACACUCGCCAUGUCUUCCACCAAGCCGAAUAUACGGGAGAGGACUUGCUCAGGAUCCUCAAGGAUUGCCUUGUCCCAGGCAUUAAAAACGGAAUAUUCGCCCCUCUUAAUACUAUGUAUCUUGAUUCAAACAACCUGGACCGACAUAAGAGUACAUGACCUAAACCGUAACCCAGUCGCCAUCAUACCCCUUGGAGAAGCCAGAAUAAGCAAUAGUUACCUACGAAUAGUUCACCCCAUAAACUUAGGACAAUUAGGAGAUUACAUAGCGGAAAUCGAUGCCGUGACGCAGAAUGCUAUCAACAAAGACAAACCACUUAGUAAUAUUCUGAAAAUCAAGCUUCAUAGACUGCACUCUAUUAUAUCAAAGGUUAGGCCCAUGAACAGGAAUAGACGUUGGGAAGCUCUAGGGAAAGCAUGGAAGUAUAUUUCAGGAAGUCCUGACGCGGAGGAUUUAAAAAUUAUAAAUGUGACAACGAAUUCCUUGAUUGAUCAAAACGACAGGCAAAUUAGAAUCAACAUAGCAAUCGAACAUAGACUCAAAAACAUUACUGAAAAACUCAAUUCUUUAAUUAAAUAUCAGGGAAACUUUACUGCAGGGACUUUAGAUGGAUUUGAUUCUAUAAACCUCCUUUUCAACUUAGAUGAGCUAAUCUAUCAGCUAGAAAUCAUAGAGGAAGCAGUCACCCUAGCCAGGAGAAAUAUCCCCAGCAGCCGCAUCAUCAGUUCUAGCGAGCUGAUCACCGCCAAGAAAUUUCUUUCCCACGAUGGCCUUGAACAACACAGCAUGGACAGCCUUUUGGACAUCGCCAGUGUGUACGUAAUCUACAGCAAGGACAUGAUUAUCUAUACCCUCAAAAUCCCAAGGAUCAAAAACGUUAUCUACAAACUGAAUUUCAUUGAACCAGUGGUACAGAAUAAUCUCAAAAUUCAACUGCACGCAAACUACUAUCUCGACGGCCCAACACCCUAUCUUUCUAAAACUCCAUGUUCCAAAGCCAAGGAUAUGUUUAUAUGCUCCAGCGCGCAAACUGGACCAAUGACGGAGUGUAUUCAACAGCUGACUACCGGAAAACCAGCAUAUUGCAACGUAGAACGAACGUAUGGAAUAAAUUUCAUCAAAAGAGUGGACGACGCAAACAUUGUGGUUAGCGCCGCAGAUCUUCUCAUGUCAUCAAACUGCUCAGCCCAGGAACGUAAACUACUAGGAUCGUUCCUUAUACAAUUUCAACAAUGUACAUUGAAGCUCGAUGAUGAGGAAUAUGCAAACCACAAAUACGAUGCGCAGCCCCAUUCGUUUAUCCCAACAACAGGGUUGAAGGUAACUCCAGUUAAAUUCAUAAAUCGUCUUCCAUUGGAACUUCUUCAGGAACAGCAUUUGGAGCAGCGUCAUAAUAUCGCGCAUUUGAACCUAACAGCUGACAAUAUUCAUUGGAAGCUGAAGCUUUUUGGAUGGUUAUCUUUCGGAACCCUAACGACAUUGACAACCAUUAUAAUUAUCAUAGCGGUAAUCGGUGUUCUGAGAGUUCUUAUAUGGAAAGGAAACCACAGCAUGGAAAAUUCAUCAUCAAUUCCGGAUCCCAUGAUCAUUGGACCUAGCGAAAGAGCAAUACCCGAAAGAUGGAUGGAAAUGCAGCGGCAGCCUCAUCUUAUUCCACAGGAGUAA